AUGAGUCCGAUACUGACCAAUCGGCAAGCUGAAGAGCUUCAUAAGUCGAUAAUAGCAUAUCUAACGGCUAAUAAUCUCCUGGACACGGCCAACACCUUGAGGGCGGAGUUGAAUCUAAACGAGGAUGCGUUUGACCCGGCCACAGCGAAGAAGUAUGAGACCUUACUGGAGAAGAAAUGGACCAGUGUAGUCCGGUUACAGAAAAAGAUUAUGGAUCUUGAGUCUCGAAUGUCAGCAAUGCAGGCUGAGCUUGACAAUGCGACACCAACCUCACUUUCUAAACGCAACAAAGACCCCGCGUCCUGGAUACCAACUGCUCCUGCCCGACAUGCUCUGGAAUCACACCGAGAUACCAUCAACAGCGUCGCAUUCCACCCUAUAUUCUCCUCAGUUGCUUCAGCAUCCGAUGAUUGCACCAUUAAGAUAUGGGACUGGGAGUUGGGCGAACUAGAGAGGACGAUCAAGGGUCACACGCGGGCAGUUGUGGACGUGGACUUUGGGGGUCCGAGAGGCGGUAUACUACUGGCGUCAUGCAGCUCGGAUCUAAGCAUUAAACUAUGGGACCCAUCGAAUGAAUAUAAGAACAUACGGACCCUGGUAGGCCAUGAUCACAGUGUCAGUGCCGUGCGGUUUAUACCCCUCGGAGCCUCGGGGGCCCCAUCAUCGGGCAAUCUGUUGGCUAGCGCUAGUAGAGACAAGUCUCUGAAGAUAUGGGACGCCAACACCGGAUAUUGUUUGCGAACUUUACAAGGCCACACUGCCUGGGUACGAGAUGUGUUUCCCUCUCCGGACGGGAGGUUUUUGCUCUCAACCGGAGACGACAGCACUGCAAGAUUAUGGGAUAUUUCUGUCUCAAAUCCGGAAACUAAAGUAACAAUGUUUGGCCAUGAUCACUUCAACGAGUGUUGCGCUAUUGCGCCGUCUACCUCAUACCAAUAUCUAUCGCCUCUAACUGGCCUGAAAAAGCCUCCACCUGCGAGUAGCACUGCAGAGUUUAUGGCCACUGGUUCCCGAGACAAGAAAAUUAAGAUAUGGGAUGCUCGAGGGACUUGUCUCUUAACAUUGGCGGGCCACGACAACUGGAUACGGGCAUUGGCUUUCCAUCCCGGCGGCAAAUACCUCUUCUCAGUAUCUGACGAUAGGACGCUGCGCUGCUGGGAUCUGAGCCAAGAAGGAAAAUGCAUCAAGGUGAUGAGGGACGCCCACGAACGAUUCAUCACCUGCCUAAGAUGGGCUCCGUCAAUAUUCAAGGACGCGCCCACCGGCAAUGGAGCAAGUGAUGGGAAAAAUGGAGAUAUCAAGAAAUCAGACUCUCCAGAGGUCCAGAUCCGGUGUGUUAUUGCGACUGGAGGUGUUGACAUGAAACUGCGGAUCUUCGCAAAUUGA